AUCAAGCUGUUAGUUAUAUAACAAACAAUGCUGUGUGUUUUCCAUUUGAGUUUCGUUUUGUUAUUUUAGAUCUUCACUCGAAAAUUUGUUCGUAUAACUGUUAUAGCAUGUCUGAUGACUUUUUGACAUUCUUAAAAUUCAGCAUGCAUUGCUUUAAGUACAUCUACAUUUACUUUGUGUGUGUGAACAUCUUGGAGAGUCUAAUUCAAGGCCAUGAAAGCAGCUCCAACUGAACUGAAGAAGAACUACAGAAAUAUGGCCUCAAUUGGAUUUUAAGAUGUCAAAAUGAUCGGGACUAAUGCUGGCCUUAAACAUUGAUCCAAAAUGUGAGAUGCUGGCUGGUGAAAAACUUUAACUUUUCAAUUGAAUCUCAAUCACAUUUUGGAACAAUUUUGGUUGCAGUCGAAUUAUAGUUUAACACAGUGUAA